AAGGAAGUUUAAUUUAAUUAAAUAAAAAAAGGAAAGGAAAAAAAACAUAAACAAUAAGGAAGUCUUGCAUAAAAAGGAGAAGAUAUUCAUUGUACUAUCUUAUAAAUCCGUAUAAUGCGAUCGAAAUCAAAAGCAAGGAAGUUUGCUCAAGGAAGCAGUGGAGAAGAAUCUGAUUCAUCUCGAGAAAUUCCAUCAAAUUUGGACAUUUCUCGUGCACUACAAGUUAUUCCUUUAAGUCCAAAUAGUGAUUUUUAUUGUAGCCGAGAUAACAGUGAUAAGAGACUCACCAGUGAAUAUUUAAUUGAAGAAAUGUCUAGAUUUUUACAUGAUCAGACGAAGAGUUUAGACAUACGCAACGGUGCUGUAUUUUCAAAAGCAAAAAUCAAUAAAGGAACAAAGUUUGGUCCAUUUAUAGCAAAGUUUACAGACCAACCACUUGAUCGACGGUUUGCUUGGGAGAUAGUUGCAUCUCCUAGUCUAAAAGGAUGGUAUGAUGCUUCAUCAGAAACGUCUAAUUGGAUGAAACAUAUUAGAAGUUCAGAUGAGAAGAAUGAUGUUAAUAUCCAACAUAUAUUUAUUAAUGGUCAAAUUUGGUAUGAGGUGAUAUGUGAUAUUUCACAAGAUACAGAGCUACUCUUAGGACCAAAAGUUCCUCUAUUAAUUAGUGAUAUGCAACGAGAUGCUGAUGAUCGAUCCGGAUCAGGCUCCCAACAUAGUGGCGCGUAUGAAGAAGAUUUUAAUGCUUCAUCGAAUGAUUUAGACAGCAAUCAACAGGAAUCCACACAUGAGAAUAAUAACGAGUCCAUCGAAGACGAAGAUGAUGUUGAUGGUAUAGAUGCACGUUGUGUCGUGUGUGAACGCCAAUGCGGUGAUAUUGACCAGUUAGACGUUCAUUUAGUAGCAACACAUCAUUAUCCAAAAGACGCAUAUCAUUGUGAGCUUUGUCCUAAGAAAUACUGUUAUCGUCCUUCAUUACUGCGUCAUCGUGCUAUUAUUCACGGUGAAUAUAGAAAGUAUCCUUGUGAAAAUUGCUCAAAGGAAUUUACUGAUCCAUCAAAUCUUCAACGACAUAUUCGGACACAUCACGUGGGUGCUCGUAGUCACGCUUGUCCAGAGUGCGGCAAAACUUUUGCAACAUCAUCGGGAUUAAAACAGCACACACAUAUUCAUUCGUCCGUUAAGCCAUUUCAGUGCGAGGUUUGUUUCAAAGCCUACACACAAUUUUCCAAUUUGUGUCGUCAUAAACGAAUGCAUGCGGAUUGUCGUAUGCAAAUAAAGUGUAACAAGUGUGGACAAAGUUUUAGUACAGUCACAUCAUUAUCGAAACAUAAAAGAUUUUGUGAUUCAACAGGAGGAGGUAGUAAUCUCGUGGGUAACCAACAAUCACCGCAGCAGCACCAAAAUUCUCAAUCAAUUUCAUCCAAUAUGACAACACCUCCAAAUCCAUUUUUAAUGUUUCGCAAUUCACCUUUUUUCCCUCCUGGAUUGUCACCUUAUCCGAGUCUACAGGGAAUAUUUCCACCUAGUCCGGCACAAGCACCACACUUUCCUUUAUUUUUACCAAAGCAUAAUUUUGAAAUACCAUGUUUGGAUAUUGACAGCAAUACUCCGACAAAAGUGACACAGUCACAAAAUAGUAGCAAUAAUGGACUAAAAAUGUCACCUUCGCAAGCAGAUGAAGCAACUACAAACAUGAAACCGUCACCAGCUCGCCCCACACCAUUGAGUGUACAAAAUCUAAUUAAUAAGCACGACAAAAAUAUUAAUAAUAAUAGCACGGCUAAUAACUUUAAUCAUUCAAAUAACUAUGUCAAGCGUGAAUCUAACAAAUCCACUGACGAAGAUAACGAGGCAACAUCACCGAGUCGCAAAAAUAAUUCUGCUCGAUCAAAAGACGAACGCAUUGGCACCACAGCCAAAAAUGGAAUGGAUAACUUUAACCGCAAGCGUUCUUUUUCAAUGAUCAUGUCGAAUGAAAUCAAAAGUAACAAUCAGAGUGAUGCUGACAUCAAGGAUGAAGCAAAUGAUGAAAGUCAAUCGGAACAGCCGCUCGAUUUAAGCGUGACUAAAAAGAAAAUAAAAAGAAGUUCAAGCCCGUUAGUAAAAGAGACAGCCGAUACUUAUGAUGAUCAUGAGAACUCAUCAUCAUCGUCAAAAAUUGAUGUUCAAAGAUCCUCCCCAACUCCAGAGCAUCAGGCAAGUCCAUCACCAUCCAUUUCACCUCGCUCAUCUACAUCACCUACACCUACACCAUCCUCCCCGGGACCUCAGCCUCAUCAAAUGGCAUAUCCAAGACCCAUUCAUCCAUUAUUGUUGGAUGCUAUGUAUAGACCCGGUGGUUUGAAUCCGUUUCAACGUCCUUUCCCAUUUUUAGGACCGAAUUUCCGUGCUGGUUUCGACCUUCUUAGCAGAAAUGGCGGUAGUUUUCCUGCAAAAACAUUCCACGAGGCAUUAAUGUCAGCAGGUGGCCUCACGCCUUCAUCAAAUAACACCUCAUUAUCGAUAAGCGGAAAUGGCCCGAAAGUAAAAGAUCGUUACAGUUGCAAAUUUUGUGGUAAAAACUUUCCACGAUCAGCAAAUCUUACAAGACAUCUACGCACUCAUACUGGCGAGCAGCCCUAUAGCUGUAAAUAUUGUGAACGAUCCUUUAGUAUAUCAAGCAAUUUACAACGUCACGUUCGCAAUAUUCACAAUAAAGAGAGACCAUUUAAGUGCUCAUUAUGUGAACGAUGUUUCGGGCAACAAACAAAUCUCGACCGACAUUUGAAGAAGCAUGAAGCUGAUGCAGCUGGAAUCAGCAUUGGUUUAGGUGAUUCACCAUCAUCAAACGAAGCAGAACGUGAGGACUCUUAUUUUGAUGAAAUUCGCUCGUUUAUGGGGAAAGUGACCUACUCAGGAAAUCCUCAUGGGCAUAUAUACACACCAUUACCACUGGAUGUUACAAAUAUAGAAGGAGAUUUAGAUGAAGCAGCCAGUAGUAGUGAUAAUGAUUUAAUAAAUAUUGAACAUGAGCAUAAUGAUAAAGAUACAAUCAACAAUAAUAAUGAUCGCAUUGAAGUGACAACAUGAAAAAGAUCCUUCGGAAAAGACAAAACGAAAUGUAAUCAAAAUUUACUGAAAAUGUUAAAGAAGUAAACACAAAAAACAUAUAAAUAUAAUACACUAUACAUUACGCAACCCUACGAAUUAAUUUUUGAUAAAUGACACAUUAGUUAUUCUCUCGUUUUGAUGAAAAGCUAUCAGAUUAAAGAUCAAUGAUUAAUACAAUGUGUUCAGAAUUAAGUAAAACAUAUAUAAACCAAUAUAGUUUGUUGUGAAAUUCAAGAUUGAUUUAAUAUAAAUAAUAAUGAUAAUAUAAAGUAAAGUUUAUUCCCAAUCAUAUAUAUGAUAUGAGCAAAACAAAAUAAAAGCGAAUCAAAAGACAAAAAAAAAAGUAAUGGACAGCACAACACUUUCAUGUUAUGUAGUCACUUAAUAAUGAGAGGACAAGAAGAGGAGAAAAAUGCAAGUAGAAAUAAUUGUCAGAUCAUAAAUUAUGAAAUAAAAGCGACACAAAAGAUAACGCGAAAAUAAGAGAAGAAAAACUAGAAAGAAAUGCCAUUCCGAUUUCAUCACUGAUUGAUAAUUAAAUUUAAUGAAUUCUCUGAUAUGUGAGCAUGUAAGCAUAAGUUUCAUGCUUUAGCGAAUGACAUAUUUCAAUCCACAUAUUGAUUUAACUCUUAGGCACUGCAUUUUUCUUUAUAAACUAUUCAACUUUUUUCAUCUUUCUUUCCUUUGUUUGUUUGUCUCCACAAUUUACCGAUUUAUCUAUCGUAUUUCUCAUUGUACCACGUUAUUUGAUUGUGCGCGCAUUAUAACACAGAGAGAAAAGUUCGUUAUCGUGAUACAAAAUCAGUAUUGUUUAUUCACAUAACAAUUUUACUCUCAAUUUGAUUGAUCAUUGAGCUUCAUUUCUCAGACAUUACAAAUACCCUUUUAUAGUGCAAAACUCCGCAAAAGUACUUUGCUGAUUGUCUGAUGUCACAUGGAAGUAACCAUUUUAAGACUUGAGAUUUUCAUUCAAUUAAAGUCGAAUAAUCAUUUAUGAACAGCGCAAAGGCGCAAUUUGAGAUGUUAUAGUUGUUAGUAAAUGCGGCAUUAAGUUAACAAAAAGCAUAUAAAACGAAAAAAAAAAAUAUGAGAAAAGAAAUGAUUUAGUUUGGGCAACAAAAACAGUAUCGGAGAGACAAAGGUGAGAGAAGUGGCUUAUGAAAUAAAUCCGAGUGAAAAAUGAAAUGCAUUUUACGCGCGAAAUACCGAUAAAAGAUUCAUAUGAAAUGAAUCGGUGCUGAUUAUGGGAAAAAUCGAUGUGAUUUCUUUUAACUAGUACUUCUCGGAUAUUUUUUUUUUAUUUCAUUUAUCAUUUUUGCUACGAUAUUAUGAUUUACAAUAUAUUAUAUUUUCCAUAAUGGUACAGCGGCAUAGCACUUCUUUAUUUGGUAUUUUAAAGAGAAAUUACUACUGUUUCAACAUACAAAAAAUAUGCAAUAAAAUUCCCAGCAUAAUGAAUGAGUACACAUCUAGUUACUUUUCAAUGAUUUUUCCUUAAUUUGCGGUGGAAAAUAACAAUUAUUAUAGCUACAUAGGAAUUAUUAAAAAAAAUAUUCAAUAACAUUGCAAGACAGACAGUUAUUUUAUGUGCAGCAUAAUUAAGCAUGAAAAGAAUUAAAAAAUUAGAUUUUGUCAAAUUAUCAAUAUAGUUUUUUUCUGUCGCAUAAAAUAGCGGACCACAUCUAGUUAUUUCAAUCUGAGUUCCAAAAAAUGUGUAUAAGACACACGAAUUUAAAUCAAUUUUAUAUUUCAUGAUAAUAAUGACACACCUACUUUAAGUAUCCUUCUCAAAUAUCUUCGUUAAUAGUUUUAAUAAGUUAGAAAAUACCAAAAAUUGUUUUGUCACUGAACAAUUUAGUCAAAAUGAAGAAAAUGGUUAGAUUUAAAUGAGGAACAAAAGAAAAUCAAAUUAAUAGAAUAAGCAUUUGUAUAAACUAGUUAUUAAAAAUACAAAAAAAAAUAAUUGCAACUUGACAUUCUUAAAUUGUAAAUUAAUUAAUUUAAAAACUAUGAAAAAAAAAUUCACAAACCAAAAAUUUGUCUUUAAUGCGACACAAAAACAUUAAGAAUAUAAUCACCAUUUAUGGAUAUAUGGUUUAAGAUAAACAAAAAAUAAUAGUUUUUAAGGAUAGUGCAUAUUCUGCAAAACGAAACGGUAAUUUACUUACAAUAAAUAUUAAAAUGAGGAACAGAAGUCAAUAUUAAGUGUAUGACUAAAAAAUCUCAUAAAUUUAAUUGAAUGAUAUUCACAUUGUAAUCAUCAGAAAAUGCGCUAAUAUGUUAGUAUCUGAUUAAACCAACUAUAUAUUUAAAAUUGUAAUAAUAUUCUAUGUUCCAUAGUAUUAAUAAAUGUUUUAGUUUUUAAAAGAAUCUUUAAUUUUAAGGAAUUAUAACGAUGAGAACUGUUUGAUGACACUAUUAUUACCUAAAUGCAGAUAGUUUAGAUAAUUUUACCCAAUGGGUGCCGAUGGUUCUUAUUCUUCGAAAAUGGUCCUUAUUCUUCGAAAUCGAAAAUUCGAAUUUGAAUUUUUUUCAAAAAAUGAAAUUCCGUUAAAAAUAUUUCAUCAAAAAAUUAUAUUUGUUUACAUCAGUAAAAUUUUGAUUAAUUUUCAUUAAUUAUGGGUAAAACCUGCAAAAUUGCAAGCUGCAACAAAAAUAAAACAAUUACAAAUCUUUUUAAAGUACCUAAGCACUCAUUAAACAAAGAUAAAUGGUUGUUAUUUUUAAAAUCAAACAACAUAAGUGUCGACGGAAGUGAGAUUUCUGCUGUAAGUGAUUGUAACACAUUCAAGACAAAAUUUUCAGAUAUUGUUCUUAGUCAGGUUGAAAUUCCAUUUGAGCAUUGUUCAAAGACUAUUGAAAAUUUAAUAAUAUUUUUUGUAACUUUUCGAUCAAAACUUGAGCUUCAUUGUCGAUUGUUACAUUCAAAAACCAAAUUUGCGUCGAAGAAUUGAUUUUUGUUCAUAAAUAAAUUUAACGG